AUGUCAACUGGGAUUCGGUAUCAUUCAUCGCAUCACCGCGAUCGAUCUCGCUCUCCUUUCGGCGAAAGCCGCCGUUCAAGGCAUCGACAGAGAUCACUCUCACCGUUCGGAAAUGAAUUUAAGAGGCCAAGUGGUGAUUACUAUAACCAACACAGCCGUAGAUAUAAGCCAUUCGAAAUAGGAUAUCAGACACCCGAAUUUUGGCAAAAUCGCCGCCAAGCCAGAGAAGACGCAGGCGCAUCAACAAAUCGAAAGAUAUGGGGACCACCUCCUGAAGAACCCUACACAGAUUCAGGGGAGGAUGAAUAUUUUGAAAUUACGCGCGAGGGUCCUCUACCACCGUCCACUCCCCCCCUUGAUCAAAAAGUUGAGAAGGGAAAGAAAGGUGAGAACAUGACUAAGAAGAGCAGAAAACAUAAGCGCCAUCACCAUCAUCGCCAUCAUCAUGGGAAAGGAAAAAAGAAAAAGCAUCAUCAUUCUAGUUCGAAUUCCUCCUCGUCCAACACCUCCUCUUCCAGUGCUGAUAGUGAGGAAGACGAGGCGAGAUCAUUUAUACGUCAAAUGAAAGCGAAAAAAGCUGAGCUUGAGAGGAGACGGCAAGAGGAGGAAGAGGCGACUGAGAUCAUUGGUCCGGUGCUGCCAGGAGCCAAUGGCGCGGACUCGACUAAUCAGCGAAUCGACUACGGUAAGGCGCUCCUGCCCGGUGAGGGUGCUGCAAUGGCGGCAUACAUUGCAGAGGGGAAGCGUAUACCGCGUCGAGGGGAGAUUGGUCUCACCUCAGAAGAGAUUGAAAAGUUCGAACAAGUGGGCUACGUCAUGUCGGGCAGUCGCCAUCACCGCAUGGAAGCGGUGCGAUUGCGGAAGGAAAAUCAGAUCUACUCUGCGGACGAGAAGCGAGCUCUCGAGAGCUUCAACCACACCGAGAGGGCCAAACGGGAGGCCAAAUUGCAGGCACAAUUUAAGGCGCUUGUCAAAAAGAAACUGGAGGACAAGCAGAACGUGGGAAUGUGA